AUGUCAAAGUCUCGUAUGGUUUCCGGAAGUGACGUCAGAAAGCAAAACCCAACUCUUAAUUCCAAGAAGCCGGCGCAAGCCACAUCAAGGAAGGGUUGCAUGAGAGGGAAGGGCGGGCCGGAAAACUCUUCCUGCACUUACAAAGGGGUCCGCCAGCGCACUUGGGGGAAGUGGGUUGCUGAGAUUCGUGAGCCAAACCGUGGGGCCCGUCUCUGGUUAGGUACUUUCGAUACAUCCGGAGAAGCCGCUGUUGCCUAUGAUGCUGCUGCCAAGAAGUUGUACGGUUCAGAAGCUAAGCUGAAUCUGCCGGAGCUGGAAUUCAAUCAUCAUCUACAACAGGGUUUUUCUGCUAGCUCUUCUUCAUCUGCCUCAUCGGCUGAUGAAGAUCCGACUGUUCGUCGAUAUGCAUAUCCUCCCCCUCCUGUUCCUGUUCCUGUUGCUGAUCCUACUGAUGAAUUUGAUAAACAGAUGAUGAUGAUAACUAAGGAAUUAGCUCCUGGAGGAGAGAAGAAUGAUGAUGGGAUUAGUUGGGGACACUUGAACGCCGGUCUGCCGGAGAUUGAUGAUUCCGCCAUAUGGGACAAGGCUACGGCGGAGAUGGACUUGCACACGAUUGCGAAUCCGGUGAAUAAUCAGGAUGGGGGUUUUCAACUGUCUCAGGAUCCGUGGUACUAUUUGUGA